AGCUUCGCUUUCUCUGUUUUGACGCGCCGCAGUGAGAGUCUCAAUUUUAUUUUAUCGGAUCCAUUCAAGACCAACUUGGACCGCGCAAUAGCACCAUUUCUGCACUUGCGGCGCGUACAAUUAUUAGCAAACGCAUCUAGAUUCAUUUCUUUGUUCUACAAUAUGGAAGCAGGGAAGAUUUGUCGCGCCGUUCUCCUCUUCCUGUCUGUGAUAUUUUCAACCACUCACGCAGCUAAGUUGAAAAUUGGUGACUUCGCUCAAGCGUGCAGAGCCGACGGCCCUGAACUUAAUGAAUGCGUGCGCCAGGCAAUGCUGAAAGUCAUUCCAAAAAUGGCAAAAGGAGUGCGAGACUUGGGCUUGAUUCCCUUUGACCCCCUGAAGGUGCCCAAGGUGGUGAUUGACCAAAGAGGAAACGGGCCUGUCGGUCUCCAACUCACCUUUGUAAACUCGGAGCACGUCGGAGUCAGCAAGCUGGCGCCGCAUACUGUCAGAGUUGUGCCAGAAAGAAUGUAUUUUGAAAUCAACUCAACCUUGCCCAACUACAGAAUCAUUGGCGACUAUGAGGUUACAGGAAGGAUUUUGCUUCUCCCUUUGAUCGGAAACGGUCCUAGCAAUUUUUCGAUGAAUGACCUCCAGCUAAAUUGGGUGUUUUUCGGCAAACCAGAGGUGCGAAAUAACAAAACCUACUGUCGGCUAACCGACUGCAGAAUCCGCAUGAGAAUUGGCUCCGGUUUCAUGAACCUUGAAAAUUUGUUUAAUGGAGAUAAAAGACUUGGCGACAACAUGAAUCGAAUCUUGAACGACAACUUCUUGGAGGUGAUCAAGGAAGUGCAGCCUGCUUUGGAAGAAACCUUCAGCCAGUUGUACUUGAAGCUGAUUUCACCAAUUUUCGCCUCUGUCAAAUACGAAGACGUUUUCCCUGGUAUUGACCUGUCGAAGGUCAGGGCAGGUUCCUACGACGUCUAAUUGUCUCACCAAUUUUGCUUGAAAUCUUGAGAGAGAUUUGAAAAUUUCCUCUACUUCUAGUACAAAUUAUUCCCUUUAAAUUUAAAAAGAUUCAAAAUAGAUAGUUAAUUUUGUAAUAUUUUAAUUAAAGAUGAAAAUUAGUAAAGAAGCUUUUCUUAAGUAUAAUAAAAUUAUGGUAGUAUAAUGUAGUCAUUUUUUAGAUAAAAAAUGUCUUUUUUUAAAUUACUCCACUAUAGUAUUAAGUUGAAAACGUUGACGCUCUUUUCAUCUCUCCAAAUCAAUUUUUGCCUUUAGGCAACCUGCGAAGCUUGGUUGAUUGGCGGGGUUGCAUAGCUUUGCAAAUGCCAGUCAAACAUCUUAUGUUUUUUAUCAUGCAUACAAAUUUAUAAAAUAAUUUAUUAUUAAGAAUGAACUUAUCGAAUUAUAUAUAGGCUUUGAUGUAAGCAAAAAUAGCUUUUAGAUAUUUAAAGAUUAUUUUAUUAGAAAAUUGGCACAAUAAAUAAAGAGGAGGAUUAUUAGAAAUGCUUAGAGAAUUAAUAACUUCAUAAAAAUACAAAGAUAAUAUUCAUUAAAAAA